UAGGUUGCAAGCUCAUCAUGCUCUGCUGGUAAUUAAUUGCUUCCCAGUCAAGGACAGUGGAUUAAAUACAGCCGACGUGUCGUACUUGAUAUUUUAUGUCACAUCCCGCCCUCACAAGUUACCCAAAGUUGCUUCGUACAUGGAACACAAAUUGAUGGAAGAUGUAAAGAACAGGCGCUCCCGGUAAAGACAAUGUCGUUCAGUAACAAAGUUGAGUCAUCUACCAGAUAUACUAACUUCCAUCUCUUCGCCUGGCCAUUUUACGAAAAAAAAAAAAUUAAACUGUAUAUACACCAUUUCGAUCAACAUUUGCAACAAACAUUAUAAACAUCGGACAUACACACAUAUGCAAUACAACACACAAACAUCAUACAAACACUGCAGUAAUAUCGUCCUCAUGCAACACUUGGUAAAUGAACUCAUUGUAAAAUGUCAUACCAAUCUUAACCUCUUUGCCGAAAACGUUAUCCGCAUGUUAACCUUGCUGGCUACAUCAAGUGAACCAGAUGUUGCCGCGGCUGCAGCAGAAACAGUAAGUUUGCCCUGAACCAGAUAUUGUCGAUCGAUGCUCAGA